AUGAAGCCCAUGGGUGCAUGUUGCUUUGCCGCUGUGCUGGUCGGAGCCACCCCUUGCGCUGCAUUCGCGCUCUGGGGCGAAGAGCAGGUGACGCAGCUGACCAAGUCCAGUGGGGGUACCAAUGAGAGUGCUUCUGUCGCUACCUCGUAUACGUACACAGAUUGCCAAGGAAAUUCGAAAUCCUGCAAUUUGCAUUCCACGUGGCCGAGCUGGCCCGGGUGCCCAGGUAUCAGUCCAUGGCCUGAGCGCUGCCACCAGGCAACGCUCGCCACCGCCCAGGCAAUCUGCAGCGCGAAUGCUGGCUGCAUGGGCAUCACGCGCGACGCGGCAGGAUACGAACCUAGGACAGGUCCUAGUAUCUACUAUCACGGUGCAGCGAAGGAGAUGUGGAUCAAAAACGCAGAGGACCCGACGCCCAAUCCGACGGUCUUCCCGACGCCUUUCCCGACCUCUUUCCCGACGGCUUUCCCGACGCCUUUCCCGACCUCUUUCCCGACGCCCUACCCGACGGCUUUCCCGACGCCGUUCCCGACUCCCAGCCCGACGACCAGUCCUGUUGCUCCGAAUUCGGGCGGAAACAGCGUGGCAGCCACUGGCGACCCCCACCUUCAAAACGUUCAUGGCGAGUGGUUCGACUUGAUGAAACCGGGCGAUCAUGUUCUGAUAAACAUCCCUCGUGGAGUGAUCGCUGACGACGCAUUGCUUCGUGUGCAAGCCAAAGCGCGCCGACUGGGUGGACAUUGUGCGGAUAUGUACUUUCAAACAUUGAACAUCACAGGGUCUUGGGCAGAGUCCAAACAAGCUGGAGGGUAUUGUUUCAGCGCGUCGCAAAGCGCCGUCGAGACCCCGCAAUGGAUUGCGUUUGGUCCGGUCCAGCUGAAAGUCGUCCAUGGACACACCGGUAGUGGUUUCCAGUAUUUGAAUAUGUUCGCGAAGCAUUUAGGGCGAGCAGGGUUUGCUAUCGGAGGUCUAUUGGGGGAGGACGACCACGAAGGCGUGAUCUCUCCUACGGGUGACUGUGAUACGCGUACAGAGCUUUCUUCUGCGCCUGCAAACAUGACUGGGCGUAGUCAUUCUAUGGCAUCAGUUGCGCAGGCAUCCUUCGCUUGA